GUCACGGCCCCUCCGCCCCCUUGGUGCUGCCCACGCGUGGCGCGUGCCCACGCGUGGCGCGAGCCGCGGCCAACCGAUGCCCCCAUGCAAGGAGAAGAUGAAAGGCAUCAGGAAGCAUCCUCCCGCAGAGUGCCUCUACCUCAGCUUCUCCCACCAGUCCGAGGGCUGCGUCUUCCCACUGCACACAGCCGUGAGCUUGUUCCUCUUGGCCUACUGUGACUGCAAAGUCUUUAAGGUUUACUUGGUUCUCACCGAAGACAGUGAGGACCUUUCACGGCCCAAAAGUCCCCUGGCCCAGGGUGUUCAAACCCAUGUCAUCUCACGGCACGAGCUGCCCCCCAUAGUCCAGAACUGCCGUUUGCCUGCAGUGGUGGAAAAACCUGACAAUUUCUGUAGAGCUGGACUUGCUGUUGUGCUAAGACACAUAAUCCAAACGUCCUACGACAUGGACCCCUCAAGGAAGGAGAUCCUGGAGCUUCUGGGCUUCAAGAAGACCUGCCUGAAAGCAUGUGCUGAAGUCAGCCAGUGGACGCGACUCUGUGAGCUCACCGUCCCCCUGGCCAUUGAGAGUUUCCUGCAGGGGUCCCCACAGCCCCUGAGCAUCCCCACCGAGCUGCAGCAGCUGGAGCGGAAGCUGAGGGAGCCAGUGCGGGUGCACAACGACGACAAGCUGCGGCGGCAGAAGCUGAAGCAGCAGCAGGCCGAGGGCCCCUGUCCCGCCCAGCCCCAGCACCCCGGCGCGGCCCCCAACCUGGAGCUGCAGGUGGCCUUCUCCAAGCUGGGGGUGCAGGAGGAGCCGGCCGCUGCCAGGAGGGAGCCGCCCCACGUCCGCAAGGCCCGGGCCUCGGAGCUGCCCCCGCUGGAGCACGUGUUCGCCGAGGGCCUGUACUUCACGCUGGCCGACAUCGUGCUCCUGCCUUGUGUCCACCUCUUCCUGGUCACCAUCUGUAAGAAGCUUUCUGAGAAGCUGGUGGAAUUCCCACUGCUGACUGCAUGGUACCAGCGGGUUCAGGAGGUGCCACGCGUGAAAACAGCAGCUUCUCAGUGCGGGAUCCAUUUCCUCCACUUGCCGGAGUCGCUGUCCUCUGCACAGGAGCAGCACCCCGAGUUUGUGGAGACCCUGGGUGCAGAGGAACCAGAGGAGCAAAGUGAGCCUCCGUUUAUAGGCGGGCCGAGACCAACGAUGACAAAGUUAAGGGAAAAAGGCAUUGAAGUGAUGUUUGCUCCGCACCCUUGCCCCACGUGGACCCUUGAUUGGGAUUCUCUUCCUGCCGCCGCGAGCCCAAAGGAAGGUAAGAUGUCCAGUGACCGCGCCCUGAGGAAGCAGCAGCAGCUGAACAACCUGGUCUACGUGGUGUCGAAGCAGGCCAAGCCGGGGGACAGAAUCGUGGAUUUCUGCAGCGGUGGGGGCCACGUCGGGAUCGUCCUCGCUCACAUGCUGCCCCUGUGCCAGGUCAUAUUAGUAGAAAACAAGGAAUUAUCAUUAAUCCGCGCUAAGAAGAGAAGUGACGAACUAGGUUUAAAAAACAUUUGGUUCAUCCAAGCGAAUAUGGAGUAUUUUACAGGGAUGUUUAAUAUUGGGGUGGCUCUACACGCAUGUGGCGUGGCCACGGACAUGGUGAUCGACCACUGCAUCCAAGCACGCGCCACCUUUGUCACGUCUCCGUGUUGCUAUGGUUUUAUUCAAAGAACUUCCAAGUUCAAUUUCCCAAGAAGUGAACAGUUCAAGGAGGUGCUGUCGUACAAGGAGCACAUGAUUCUGUGCAGGUUCGCAGACCAGACCGCCGUCCAGCUGCCGGCCCCACGCAGGCUCAUAGGGAAGCAGUGCAUGUGCCUUGUGGACCUGGACCGCGCUCGAGCUGCUGAGGAACGCGGUUACUCGGCCCACGUCAUCUCCAUGGAGCCGGAGAGCUGCUCACCCAAGAACAACAUGAUUGUGGGGGUCCCCGUCUAGGAGGCACCGGCCAGCCGA